CAUUCACUUUUAAUUAUUCACCACCUCUUUCGUGGAAAAGACUGUCCUGCCUUUAGUGUCCUGUUUAGUGUCCAAUUUAAAUUCAAACCAAAGAGAAACAGCAGCAGAUUGGUGGUAGGGGGCUACAGGCUUAUCAGUAACUCCCUGCUUUGUUGUUUACGUUUGUGUUCGAUCAUCCUGCAAGCUGCCGAGCCGAGAAACAGAAAGUGAGAGCAGCCCGUUGGCAACACGACGGAAGGUCAACUUUGGGCUACCUGACCCUUGGCUACUCGAUCGGGGAAGCGAGUCGUCAAACGAGUGUUGCACGAAGAGAAAACGCGGCUCCACAUAGCAGUAGCCCAGCAUACCUUGAAGCGCGCAUCCUUGGGUCGGCACCAAGCAAAGCAAGCGCCACCGUGUAUCUCUUGUGAGGCGGUUUUGUGUCCUUCAGCAACCAAGGCCGAGUGGUAGUGAGUCACGGCUGCGCCUAGAGUGAAAGCAUUCGCAGGGGCCUGUGCUGGUAAGCUGCGCCGUAGUGAUUAAGAGCAAUGUAACAAGCAGUACACGUACGUUUGGUCAGUCGCAAGCAACAGCAUUAACCGGUACACAUCGGACGAGCGGUGGCCAGUGCCAGUGUACUGAUAAAAGGACCGUAACAGAUCCCAUUUCCGGUGGAUUAGUUAGUGCAACGCGAGAUGUGCAUUCUGUUUGUGUACGUCGAUGAUGGUAGCCGGAGUGGCCGGUAUCGGUUGGUGCUCGCCUCGAACCGCGACGAAUUCUACGCACGGCCUGCUAAGACGGCUGCGCCAUGGGAAGAGAACGAGCGCAUCAUCGGUGGUCGUGAUAUGGAACCGGGCCGUGAAGGUGGAACGUGGCUAGCGAUUGGUAAUCAUCCCCCGGGCCGUAUCCGCCUCGGUGCACUGCUGAAUGUGACCGGCGAAACAAAAGCAAACGUUACAAACGGCCGCGGACCGAUCGUUGCCAACUAUCUCACAAGCAAUGGUGACCACACGGCACGGUACUACAGUGAACAAUUGCUGGCCAACGAUAACUUUGGGGCGUUCAAUCUCGUAUCGAUCGAUCUAGCGACACUUGUCGAACCCGCAUCAAACUCUGGAGGUGAUCUUGCUGCACCGAAACCGUCCGGUGGCAUCGGCGUGGUCCUGCACACGAGUAACACACCACACAGCAUAGCAUCCUGUGCACUGGGGACAGCCCUUGGAUUCGGCAACAGUACACUCGAUAAACCACUGCAAAAGGUUUGCCGUGGCCGGGAGCGGUUCGAGGAGAUUGUGACCAAACGCAAUGUACCGUUUGCCGAUAAGGACGCAUUCGUGGAUGAUCUGCUCGAUCUGUUGAAGAGUGAUGUACGGCACUAUCCUGAUCCUGAGCUAACGCGUCGUGCCGGCCAACAUGCCGAGUACCUGUCCAGUGUGAACGUGCGCGUACCUGGAGGAAGCUAUGGUAGCCGCACACGGACCAUCAUUCUUAUAGAUCAUCAGAACCGCAUGGAGUUUAUCGAAGAGACGAUGGUGAACAGUGAUCCCGAGAGCCCAGACUGGACAACGACGCGGAUCGUACGUGACUUGUCCUAACACUACUGACUAACUAGCAUAGAGAAAAAUGGUUUUUAGAUUCAAUGACGCACCGGCACCAGUAGUUUCCGAUUGUGUGUCUCGGUUAGGUUACGGGUUUGAUGGUAGCGAACGUAGCUACGAAGUGGCCUUAAGCGAAUGACACGCCAGUAGCCUUAUGAUGUAGUGUACAUAAUAGGAAGUGAGGGUUUUAUUAAACAAUACAUUUUGCCAAGGGAUUAA